AUCAGCUCGCGCUCCUUCCACUACCGCUCCUACAGUAAAUAUUUGUGUUUGCUCAACCGGCUGUAAUGGUGGACGACUGAGGCAGCGAAAAAAGGAAUACAACUAGAGUGAAGAGGGGAAAAAAGAGGAAAAACGGUCGAAAGUCUGCUUCAGAGCCAGCCGCCGCGAGUAGGACACGGGCUACGUCGAAAAUGGAUGAACUUAAACAUCAAGUCAUGAUUAACCAGUUCGUCCUGACGGCGGGUUGUGCGGCAGACCAGGCAAAGCAGCUUUUGCAAGCGGCACAUUGGCAGUUUGAGACUGCCCUCAGUGCCUUUUUUCAAGAAACAAAUAUUCCAUAUGGCCAUCAUCAUCAAAUGAUGUGUACCCCAGCCAACACACCAGCGACACCCCCCAACUUCCCGGAUGCACUGACCAUGUUCUCCCGACUGAAGGCGUCUGAGAGUUUCAACAGUGGCAGCGGCAGCAGUCCCAUGGCUGCCUCUAUGGCCACCUCACCCCCGCCCCCUCAGGUUGGAGGCUGGGGGAUGGCACCAAGCGUACCCACCAUGCCGCAGCCCCCACAGGGACUCUGGACUCAGGGGCAGCCCCCCACACAGCCUUGCCCCGCCUGGCCCACGGGUGUAAACCACCCCCACGCAGGCGCCGAGCAGAAGGCUAGCGUAGCAAUGGAGGCAGAGAGAUGAAGGGCUGCAUGGGACUGAAAAGCCCCCCACCUCCACCUUUUUGCAGAGGGAGGGGUAAUGGGGGCGGUGAAUGCAGGGAGGGCGGGAUGGGUGGGAGGGCAUGGGUAGAAACGGGCUUCAGUCUUUUUUUCCCCAAAACUGAUGGGGUGCGGCUAGACGAAUGGAAAGAGACAGAAACUACGCAAACCAAGAAAAACUCAUCAUGGACAUUUAAGAAGAAGAGGAGAAAACCAAUGCAAAUGUCGAAUAAAGAAAAAAAAAAAGAGAUACGCACACAUAGUAAUAAGAAAGCAACUGAAAUCUUUGUUAGUUUUUUCCUAAGUAAAUGCAUAGAUAAGAGAAAUAUUAUUGAACUAUAAAACGGGAAAUUAAAAAAAAUUGUCACGCCCAAGGAUUUUAUGUGAUGUUCAAGAACAUUCAAGGCAGCAAACUUAAUUUUCUUUUUUUCGUUUUUAGUUUUUUCCCAUCUUUUCAGCCAGUGAUUUUUGCCACUGGUGUUUGUGUUUUCUGCGACUGUCUGUGCUGCAUGAGGAGAGAGGAAACUUGCGAUGCAGUGUUUUAGAUUUGACUCGAAUCAUCACGCACUUGAGUGUGAGUGUGUAAAGCAUGUGAGCGGGUGGUCAGUUUGUAAUCAAAAAAUGUAUACACACACACACACAUAUAGAAAUAUACACAUAUACAAAACACACACACACCUUAGCGUUUAGAGGAAACACCAUACUGUCAUCCCCAUCGUCAAGGUGGGACUUUUCUUACCUCACCUGGUGGUCACAUGACUUCUUUCAGCCAAUCAGGGAUUCUUAAACCAACCGUUGCCGUCGACGACGCAGGACAUGUUUUUAAAGGUUUUUUUUUUCUUAAAGGCAGCAGCCGCUCUGGCGUACGCUAACUUGAUCCUCGCUGCAAUGGCUUUUCCUUCAGCGCUAGGCUGACUCAGUUUAAAACCUGGACCCAGACUUCAGUUGUCCACUGUACACUUUUUCUGAAGAUUUGGGUAUUAUGAACAUAAUGAGAAAUCAUGGUUUAAUAUAAUAUUGUUUAUAAUGCUAAUUAUUAUGUUUUGUUGAAAGGUAAAGGGAGGUGGCUUUGAAAAAUUCUGGGUGGGACUUUUUUUGUGGCGAGAGUGAAUCAAAAGCAGCUAAAAUGGCUACAGACAACAUGAAAAAACAUGACUACUCCAUAUUUGACUCUUUGUAAACAGAAUUGCCACUUUGCAUGAUGUGUUCAUAGAGUGUAACAUCUUUUGUAGCAAAUAUACAUGAUCUGGACACAUGUUAAAGGGGAGGGGGUGGAGCUGGGAUGGGAGGUGGAUCGCAUUCCCAAAGCUAGUAGAGAGGCCCCCCUUCUGCUAUGCCCCAUGGGACCUUACUUUGGAAGAAAUAUGUAUUGUUGACAGUUGUGUGAGAAUUUUUUUUAACCCAGUUUAAAUUAUGUCAUUUACAUGUAUAAUUUAAUAAUUUAUAUCAAGAAAAAUUUAGGGAUACACACUGGCGAUCUGCAAAUAAGACCUUAAGCAAAUUUGACCAAUAUUUGUCUGUUGUGAUGAUGGUUGUUUCUUAACGACCUGUUAAAAGGAAGUUGGCUGAAGAGCCUGCUUUUGACCAGCUCUAUAUGUAAACUGUCAUGAGAUAACUUUAGUUAUGAUUUGGUGCUAUAUAAAUAAAAUUUGAUUGAUUGAUAAAGCUGCAUGAUUGAAUUAAAUCAAAAUCAGCUUUUGACCAAAUUGUUGGCCCAGUACUGGCCCAAUUACACAAUUGGUGCAUCCCUAGUUGUAGGUUGUGAUAAAGAAAGUAAAGUAACUUUUAGUUUAGUACAAACAGCUCAGUGGUUUUAAUUACUUAAUUCUAUAAUUUGAUACUUCGUACUUUGUGGCACAAUUCAAAUAAGAUCUUAAAAUGACUUGACAUUCACCGCUGACUACUCUCCAUACUUUUCCCUCAGUAACUUCCAGUGGGGCAAACCCAGGGGGAUGGGAGAUGGGCUCUCUAUAUAAAAAAUGCAAUAGAUGAAUAUGUCUCUGCAAAGCAAGAGUCAAACAUCUGUUUCUGUAAAAAAAAAAAAAAAAAAAAAAAAUUGGGCAAGGUGACUUGCAAGAUUGGAGAAACAAAAAUGUUUAUGAGAGAAGAAAGUGGGCAUGGGGCAGCUUUGAAAAGCCCACCACUUGUUAUUUUGGGACACUACAGACUACUUUAUGAAAUCUAUACACCCUCACAUACUGUACUACAGAGGGGUUUUUACAGCGUUUAGGUGUCUAGAUGUGACCGGUCCCUGGUCCACUGGAGGGACAUUUCAGGGAAGACCCUGAUGAAAUGGCAAUAUUUUGAAUGCAGGGUCUACCCCCCUUUUUUUUAAGUCUCUCCUGUUGGGAUUAUUUUUCAUUCGAUACAAAAAGAAAGAGUAAGAAGAUAUUUUGAAUAGCUGAGGGUCUUUUUUUAAAGAAUAAAGAAAUGAUUAGGGAAAUUAUGGAUAUAAUAAUGAAUAAAUAACCAACUUCCUUUUUUAUUUUAGACUAAACUAAUGUUUCAGUUCAUCCUUUUCCAUGCUCCAUACUUUAUUUGGUUAAAUCUGAGCGUUUCUUGGUGGGCCUGUUCCUAAAUGGUUUCUCAUAUAUGUUUCCCCCCCUGUAUGACUGUAUGAGACCAUUCCCACAAUAUUUGUGGACUACCUGAUAAUUAACUUAUCAUUUUUGUGAACCUAAAUAAAUAUUGUAUGUCAACCUA